AUGUCCUGGGAAGAAUUCUGCCCUUAUUCUGCAGUUGACAAAACCCAGGCGCGAGAGCUCCCAUCUGGAACAGAGAAUGCAGUGACCUAUGAUGAUGUGCAUGUAGACUUCACUUGGGAAGAGUGGACUUUACUGGAUCCUUCCCAGAAGAAUUUCUACAAAGAUGUGAUGCUGGAAACCUACAGGAACCUCACUCUUAUAGGAUACAAUUGCGAAGACCUUACUAUUGAGGAGCACCUUCAAAGUUCUAGAGGAGAUGAAUGUACUCAUCAAAUGUAUGAAAAAGCACAUACUGGAGAGAAACCCUAUGAAUAUAAUCAAUGUGUUAAAGCCUUUGAAUUUCAAAGCCAUCUUCAAGAACACAAAAUAAGGCAUACUGGAGAAAAACUCUGUGAAGGUAAUCACUGUGGUAAAGCCUUUUCAUGGCAAAGUCAUCCUCAAAUGCAUAAAAGACUGCAUACUGGGGAGAAACCCUAUGAAUGUAAUCUGUGUG